GCCACGAAGGUGUCGGUGUGAGGCGGCGGCAUGUGCGGGAACGGCGGCGGGGCGGGGCUGUCGCCGCGCUGAGGGGCGAGGAGUCAGAGAUGGUGGUGGCCGCGGCGGCGGCCGGGACCGGUGGGCCGCCGUUUCUAGCAGCCCUCCUUCUCUUCCCGCUGCUGUUGCCGCCGCCUCCUCACACCGUAGAAGCGGUUGGCCUGGCGGAGAACGUGAUCUGGGCCGUGAACGCGGGUGGCGAGGCCCAUUUAGAUGUCCACGGUAUCCACUUCCGCAAGGAUCCACUCGAGGGACGGGUGGGACGAGCCUCCGACUAUGGCAUGAAGCUGCCGAUCUUGCGAGCCAAUCCAGAGGAUCAGAUUCUAUACCAAACAGAACGUUAUAAUGAGGAAACUUUUGGAUAUGAGGUCCCCAUCAAGGAGGAGGGCGAUUAUGUGCUUGUGUUGAAGUUUGCUGAAGUCUAUUUUGCGCAAUCCCAACAGAAGGUUUUUGAUGUGCGCUUGAAUGGGCAUGUGGUAGUGAAGGACCUAGACAUCUUUGACAGAGUUGGGCACAGCACAGCCCAUGAUGAGGUUAUUCCUAUCAACAUUAAGAAAGGGAAACUGAGUGUUCAGGGUGAGGUUUCUACGUUCACAGGGAAGCUCAACAUUGAGUUUGUUAAGGGUUACUAUGAUAAUCCAAAAGUCUGUGCACUGUACAUCCUCCGGGGAACAGUAGAAGAUGUUCCAAAGCUGCAGCCCCACCCAGGUUUAGAGAAAAAAGAGGAGGAGGAAGAUGAAGAGGAGUAUGAGGAAGGCUCCAGCACUAAAAAGCUGACCAAUAAGAACCGGGUUCAGUCGGGCCCCCGCACACCAAACCCCUAUGCCUCGGACAACAGCAGCCUCAUGUUCCCUAUCUUAGUGGCCUUUGGUGUCUUCAUUCCUACCCUUUUCUGCCUCUGCAGGUUGUGAAAGACAAAAACAGCAAGGCUGGAGGGGAAGGAGCCAGACCAAACAGCAGAUGUUUUGGUUUCUCCAUGUUUCUCAUAAUUUAAGAAAAAUAAAUGGUUGUUAAGGAGUACCAGGUACAAUACAGGGCAAGUUUGUAUCGUGCUCUUUGAGGAGGGUAUCCAUCUUCCCCCCUCCCCCUCAGCACAAGGUGUAGGGUUCUACGCAGCUGUACAACAAGCAGCCACCUUUCCUGUCCAGAGAAUCUCAGUGUGAAGACUGGAUACUGCUGACUAAAAGAUGUUGAAUUACAACCCCUCCCUGCUGAGGAAAAGAAGAGGAAGUCAAAAGAGAGGAAAUACUAACCAGCGAGGGUAGAGGCUCAAGUACUGGCUUUAAAAAAGACAUUGGCUUUGAGCAUCCUUGGAUGGAAUAAAACACGUAUGGCUAGAACUGCUGGGGGUGAGUGGGUAGAUAGCCUUUCAACAUUUGUAACUAAACACAUGGUACUUCCUUUCUGUUACAAAAGAGAAAAGGUUCGCCCUUGCUGGUCUGUUGGUUUUAAAAAAAAUGUCUUUGGAAUCAGGGUUGUCAUUGGGGUGGGAUGAGCAAGUUGACCUCGUUCAGUUGCUCCGGCUUUGAGAAACGUUCUUUGCUUGGUCAUUGUAAUGCAGAUCUGCUUCAGCCUUCAACAGGCUCCUUUGCCAUGCCAUCUGUAACAUAGAUGCUUUUGUUUUCCAGGAUGGGGAAGGUUCUUUCACAUGUUACUUUUAACUUCCAUUUCUCUGCACAGUAGAUAGACUCUUGGUCUGUCCCCUAAUUUGUAUCAUGAUGAAAAUUGAUAAGUAAACCACACUGGAGGUCUGGGAUAGCAUAGCAGUUGUACUUUUCCUUGGGUAGCCUUUGAUUUCAUUGAGCCAGAAGUCGUGUCACCUUUGGAGCUGAAGAGACAUCUCUGCAUUUUAAGAGUUACAGAGGGACCUUGGGCACCACUUUGCUUCCUGUCCUCUUUGAGCUGCUUCUGGGACCUUAAGACAAAAUUUUGAUGGUCUAUGUCAGUUUUGCUUUCAAAGGGUUGGCCUCAUACUGGUUGUGUACACAAUAUCAUUGAGAGCAACAUAGACAUCGUUUAAAUUAGUUCUUAAAAACUAGUAGCAUCCCAAGGAAUGCAAACUGGAAGGUGGCCAGUAAUGCUUGUGUCAGUGGAAUAUCCACAACAGAGUGCAAAUUUGGGUCAGUAAAUCUGACUCCUAAAUCUGCUAAGAGAUUUUGGCAUGUGUCUGAGAGAGAUGUUAGCUGUUGUCCUUAUGGAAUGGGAGGAGCUUUGCCUGUUGAUGUCAUCUUUUAUAGUGAUCUUCCAUGGGCAGGCCCUGGUAGCCAGGACCUACCCCAUUUCACCCUAGGUGAACCCCCAAACCUUUACAUUGGGUUUCUGUGGCUUUCUGUCUCCCCCCUCCCCUUUGCCAUUUCUGUAACUAAAGCAAGAAUGGCAAUCCCUGCUAGGUUAAAAAUGAAAUAAAGUAAAACUUCAUACUGAUGAUCUGGAAGAUAAUUGCAUCUUACCUAAUGAAGCUUGUUAAGGGAUAUGGUUGUGAAUGUGAUUACUUAUAAAUGCUCAAGUUGUGGCUAGAGCCCCAUCAUACCCUUUCCAUACAUUACCCUUUUCACGUCAUGCCCAGUAAUAAAUCAUCUUGUCCACUCUGGUCAGGUUAACCCUUGCAAUGUGUUCUUCCCUAGACCCAUAAAUUUCCCCCUAACUAUAAGCUUUGGUAUGCCUCAAAAUGGCUUAAACUUACAACUCAAAAGAUGUGGUAACAGACAGUCAUUCAGGUAAUGACUAGAUGUGUGUAAGCUUGAGGCCUGCUACUGAUCUCUUCCCAGGUAGGGCAUGUGGGGGAAUGAUGUUAGAAUACCAUUGCCAACAAAUGCAUUAACAACCAUCUUUUCAACUUCCUCCAUCACUUGGAAUCACACUUCAAAGUAAAGCCUGUCUAAAUAUGAACCCCUGCUGUGCUUUUGACCCCAAAAUAAUUUUUAGAAUAAACUGGGCAGGAUUUAUCUUCCCCCCCAUCUCACCUCUGUUUUCCCUUCCGUUUUUCCUCCUUGGCUGAUGCAUCUCAUCUUGCACUCCUGAGAUGCUGGUAGGAAUUUGGUACUUUUAGUUUGAAGGUUGAGUGCCCUGUUAUGGUACAUCAUAAUUGUGUACUACUACUCUUUCAUCUUUUUUUUUCUUGCUAGAUCUAGAUUUUGCUUAAAGGGACAUGAAAUAGCGUCUUAAUUCCUUAGGUCCUAAAACUAUGAAGAGUGGAUUUGGAAGUCAUUCAGUCAUAGCAACUCUGACUAGCUGUCUUAGCCUACUCUUCAUAGCAGAUUGGUGGUACGUGAGCUCAGAGGUACUUGUUCUUGUGGCAAUGAGAGUAGGUAAGAUGCUUUAUUUUUAUACUGUUAUUAUUAGUGUCCUUCCUUUCUGAUUGUCUUUUGGUUGCUAUUAAGAGGCUUCUAUCGUGAAUCAAUAUGAGAAAAAGGUGGCCUGAUCUAUCCCUGUUGAAUUGCCAGAUUCCCUCUACUCAGGGCAUCUUGUUUCCCCUGUCUUAAUGAUUGAAACAGACAUUUUUGCAAGAACAGUCUUUCUUAGAACAGGAGCAUUACAGCCAUUAGCAGCGUAUGGUGGAAUCUUGCAAUCCUAUUUCUGUUACCCACUUUCUCCAGCCCUGCAUUUCCAUGCUUUGGAGAGUCUAAUGGCUAUUGAUCAUUUUUCUGAAUGAGCGCUCUCUACCCCAUUUUUAGAGGGCUCUGAAUCUCUAAAGGUGGAGGAAGUUUGCUGUAAAGUAGCAGGCUUUGGGCCUGAAGAUGUGUGAAACCAGAUUGCUUCAAUGAGAGGUACGGCACAACUGCUCAGUCAUUUGGUGGUGGAGACUGCAGAUUAGUGCUCAUGUUGUAAGAGCAAUCUUCUGUAAGGAAAUAAUGUAAGUUAUUUGGUAUGUUUCCCCAUGAAAAUCUGCUGAUUCAAAGAACGUUUCAGCAAGAGAACUCAGAUUCUACAGUACCAGUUCCUUAGGUAUGCCAAGGUGUGAGGAAUAAUAACUUAGCUUUAUUCUGUGCAUAUAUACCCUGAGUUCCAUAUAGUAUACAGCAAAAAAACUUGAGUAAUGCACCCUGCCUUAAUUUUAGAGUACCCAGUUUUAUUCACACAACAAGGAUGGUUCUACUCUGCCCUUCUGUCUUAGUUGCUUUAGGUGUAACGAGAGAGCCUGAUAGUUUUGUUUCUGCUCCAGUGUUUGUUUGCCAUAGGAAGAUGUUUUACUGGGAGUAGGGGUUAGUUCCAAGUGGAAAUUAGAGGAAUGCCAAAGUAAAUGUGUGCAUUUGUUGUGCCUUUUUAUUUUUGGUAGUAAGAUGGCCUCUUUUGCUUAUAGAGAAGCUUCUGUUUUAAGAAACUUCUUUUUAAAAUUGUAUCUUGGAGUAUAGGGAGUAGGAAUACUGUCCUCUUUGAGCUGAACAUUUCCCAUCAUACUCAGGUAGCAGGAGAACAUGAUUGCUUUAUCUUAUUUGUCCUGUGCUGAAGUGCCACGAUCUUAAAACCACUUGAGGGCUUAGGUUUCUGUUCCUAUGUGGUUAGAAAAAAAACAAGUGAACUGGCAAGAGCCUUCCAGGUUGCCCUCCAUAAAGUACCUUCCUGCACUUAGUUUAACUCUUUGAAGUUAUGUUUGCGGAAGACCCAAGAGCUCUGGGGUGCGCGCCUGUGUGAGCUUUUGUUUCCUUAUGAUCCAUGAACAGACUUUGAGUAAGACUACCUUAAACUACAACUUGGACUUCAUGCCAACUCAGGUUAUAUAUGCAUGCUUACAGGUCAAUGACCAUUAACCCCACAGAUCUCUGAAUGUUCCAUCCCUGUGUUGGGUUGCCCUGCAUUUAAUUAUACACUAGUAACAUACCAGUUGUAGCCAGAAACCCUCUCACAUGCUGGGGCAGCAUAAUCAAAAAUCUGGAUCAUGUUAUGCUUUUGUGGAGAUUUUUAUACUCUGACAUUCACAGUUUGCUUGCAAAAGGUCUUUCUGCUAUGGCAAUAGGUGAGUAACUGGGGGCAUGCCAUUUCCAUGUUGUACAAGAUCAUAUGGUAUAUUUGCUAGAGAAAUCUCUCGAGCUCAGAACUGAGUGCACUGUAAAUUAUAGAAAAUGAAGCCACUAGACUCACCAGCAUGGUGAGAGCCUUGGAGAUUUUAAAAGAUUAUAAAGAGAAAAUUCAGAGUGUCUGAUUUGCUUCUGUGUCUGAUUUGGCCAGGGAACACAUUAUUUAUUAGAUAAGCAUCAUGAAGAGUCAGAGCAAAAACCUAAUGGAUUCAGCUGGGUGCAGGUUAAAAUAAUUACUUGAACAGUCCAGUCCAAAGUAUUACUGGAGCCUGUAAUUUUUCCCUAGAGAGGAAAAAAAGGAAGUUUUAGUAAAUAGACUAUUGUGUUGGGUCCCCUGCCCAGUUUCCUGAUCUUGGCUUAAGGUAUUUGUGCGUAGAGGGCAUUGGAAUUCGUCACAAUUGCACCAGGUAACAAGCUCAUUACAAGGACAAGUUAGUAACAGCAUCACUUAAUUGUCAGCAUUUGCACAGAGUAUUGGCAGAGGCAUGCUGUCUGUCCCCCUGAUUCUAGUUGACUCUGAGUUAUACAGUAUAGUAUUUUUAGAUGGAAAUACUUUUAUGAGGUGCUCAAUGCACUUUGCCUGGUCAACAAGGAUCCCUAAUAUCACUGUUGAUAGGACAUAAUAGUGCGUUUGUUGUUUUGUUCCUCCCCCCCCCCCAGUAAGUGAUUUAUUUUAAUUAACUUUAACAGUGCUUUCCAUUCUCCAAAGGAUGUUUGUGAGAUCAGGUGUUAUGUUUACUUUGCAAACAUCUGUGGAGGAGGAAAUGUCCAUAGAUGUUGCCACCGGCUUAAAGAAAGUUUCUCAAAUGUUUGCUCAGUUUGCUAUCUCUAAGCGUUACAGUUUGUGUCAAUCUAAUCCAGUAUUAUAAAUAGGUUUUUGAGUGUAAUCUUUCUCCCAAGAAACUGUGUGGCAGACUAGCUCACUUCCCAAGGACCAUCAGCUGUUCCCCACAGCAAAAGGAUAUAGAUGGUGAUAUGCAGGGCAAGAAGAUCUAUAGAACUGUCUAGAGAGGCUCACCAUGGAGGAAUACGCUUUUAAAAGAUAAACAUGCCUUCUGACUUUGAAUUGAUGUUUCCAGUUGAUGCUGCAGAGUCAGUCAUAAGAUUACUUCCCAGUUUAGGAUUUUCAACAUCACAGGCCAAAUCUGGGGAGUGGGGGGGGGGGGAGGAUUGAGCCUAUAGCUUGGGUUGGAGAAAGGUGCACACAUCUGAGAAUCCAGGAGUGGGUUGUCAGCAUCCACGUCCUUCUCAGACAUAGGGCUGUUUUCAUUCUCCUCUUGAGCAAAGGGUAGCUUCCUGUGUUGUGCUCUUGUCUUGUUUAAAUAUAUAUAGGAAGUGGUCAUUGGGGAUUUCUCUAAGGAGUGCCUUGUUGAGGGAUUUUGGAUAAGAAUCAAUAAGAGUUAUUCUAGGAAAGAGUCAGUUCUCUCUUUUUUUUAUUUGAAUUCCUAAGCAGGCAGGGACAAAUUUUGAUUCAUAUCAAGAUGGGGUUGGGGCAGAUAAGUAGCUUUGAACGAUUGCCCAUUCAUAAUAUAUCUUAAUGUAAUGAUUGUGCACAUUGGAUUUCACUCAGCCUCCAUUUCUUACUUAUGAGGCAUUGAUAUGUUUUCAGGCAGCUGAUCUCUUGCCUUGUUUCUUCAAUGAUUUGCAGCAGUUCUUUUUUCUUAUUGGAUGGGUUGUGUGUGUUUUUUUAAAAUCACAAACGUAAGCAAAGGAUGAAAAGCACAGAUGGAUUAGCUUUGCAAAAUGAUUUUUUUCUCCCUGCUGGGGAAACAGAAUAAGUAUUGCUGAGUUCUGGGUUGAUUUCUACCCCCUGCCUAAGAUUUGGUACAUUUUGCUGUUUGUUUUUUAUUUUAAUUUGGGGAAGGGGGGUGUCUCCCAGGAUGGCUGGUUGAGGGAAAUGUUCUGAAAUUUACUGCCUGGCAGUUUUAACCAGCAGUGUGUUAAAAGAAAUAAACAAAAUUAUAUUGUCAA